AAGAAAAUUAGAAUUUUAAAAAUAUUCGAUGUUUUUAUUUCUCAAGGUUCGUCUGUAGUCUGUGGUUCGACUUUCGGACAUAUGACAUUUCGCUCAAUAGAUACCACACAUUUCCAACUUUGUUUUGCUUUUAUUUUAAAAGAAAUAAAUCAAGAAGUAAUAUAUACGUACAUGCAGUAAUUUAAUUCAACAACUGUGGCCAUCAUUACAAAUGUGAAGUGAUUUGUGAAUUGGUUUUAUUGUAUAGUAAUUUCGAUACUCCAGUGGCCAGUGUUCCACUAAUGUUCAAAGAGGUUACUAUAAGAAUGUAAAAUAGUUCAAAACUGCCACAGAAGCAAGAGAAAAAACAGUCAUUUUUUGCAGUUGUGACAUAAAACUUAGCACGAACAUUGAAGGCACAACAGUUAGGACAAAUUCAGCAAAUAUUUGUUAAAAUGAUCAACAAUGAAUAACUUCCAAUUAUCUCUCGUAAAGUUUUUAUUAAAUGUUAUAAUAUUAUUUGGCGCGUGUGCAAUUGUGUAUAACAUUUUUCUCACUUAUACCACUCCACAGAAGCUUCUCAAUAAAAACAGUAUAAGUUUUUUGCCUCCGAAGAAAGUAAAAGAUUAUCAUGUGUGGCUUAUAUUUACCAAAGUAACAGAGCGGUCACCAUUAAGAUACAAAUUUCACAACUUACUAGAAAAUAUCCUAAAUAUUAGUACAGUGUCCCUAAAGUUUCAUAUCAUUGUUGAUAAUAGUUCAAAAUAUUUAGCAACAAAUGAGAUAUCAGAUGUGGUGUCACAUUCUAAUAAACCCAUAUAUUAUAAAUUUUACGAUGUUGAAAUAUGUGCUAAAGCAAUUGAAGAUAUUGUUGAAGUGUUGACACCUCACUUUAGCUCAAAACCGGGUAUCCAUACCACAGUGUUCAAAUAUUAUAUCUAUAUAUUUUCUAUUUUAGGUACUUACUACAGUGAUGCUUUGUUUUUCAUUUCAUUAGGACUGUAUCGCAUUGCUCCUGUUUCUCAGACAAGAGCUGUACUAUUAGAUUGUGAUUUGUACUUCAAGCAAGAUAUUCGUCUACUCUUUGAAGAAUUCAGCAGAUUUAAAACUACAGCUCUUUAUGGUUUAGCGCCUGAACUGACUCCAGUGUAUAAACAUGUACUACAAAUAUAUAAAAGUAAGCACAAUUCUACAUUUGGCGAGUAUUACCACUUAAAGAACAUAACGAGUCAUAUGCCCCAUCCUAAAGGUUUUCAAGGGUACAACUCUGGUGUGGUGUUAAUAAAUUUAAGUGCAAUAAGAAACUCUAAAGAAUAUUCUGUAAUUAUCAAAAAUGAAACUGUGACUUCUCUAACUGCGAAGUAUAAGUUUCGUGGGCAUUUAGGAGAUCAGGAUUUUUACACUCUGCUAGGUUUUGAAUAUCCACAUUUAAUACAAACAUUACACUGCGGUUUUAAUAGACAACUUUGUGUAUGGUGGCGAGAUCAUGGUUAUAGAGACGUUUUUAAUUUUUAUUUCAAGUGCAAGCACCCAACUGUUAUAUUACAUGGUAAUUGCAAUACUAAAAUUCCCAAAUAAGGAAUCCAUCCAAACUAAUGUUAAUAGAAAGACUGACGUUUAAAUCAGUAUUGUGAAUCAUAAUCUACAUUCUUGCCAAAAAAUUAUGAAUUAUUCUUUUCAGUAAUUUAAUUCAAAUUAGUAAGACUAAUUUAAAUAUUUACUAUUUUAUACUAUUACUUGUUGCACAGCUUUGCUUAGAUAAUGAUUAGGUAGCUUAUUUGAGAAACAAAUACUGAUCAUUGAUCAGUGUUAACUCUGAAAAUAGUUCGAAUUUAUUGAGGACGAAAUUAACAAACUUUGUUGUGUUUUAUUAUUAUUAUUUGUAGUUUAUUAACGUUGAACCAAUCCAGUAUAGAGAUCAUUUAGUAGGGGCAACCCGCAGUUUGUAGCAAGUUGUUUUCAUGGGUUUCAUGGGGAUAGUUUGUGUGUCCCUACAUUGAGACCACUAAUUGAAAUAGAGACCCUAAAGAAGGAAUAUUUGAAAUUUGACAGAUUCGUUAUUUUGAUUUUGCCGAUUUGGUUUAUUUAAAGGCUUCUCACUUUGCCGUGGAAAUCUACUAGUUACAUCACUAGUUUUCACAGAAACAUUGUAAAUAAUAUUCUUCAGUUUUGAUGGUGAACAUUUUUUAUUACUUUUUAUAUUAUUUUUUUUAUAAAAAAUAUGUUUGUGUGUUCUAACAACGUCGAAUUUUAAAUCCAGCAAGGCAAUUUUUGUUCCAUUUUUGCGUGGUUAAAUGUGUCGUAUUUAUUAGAAUUCUCGAAAAAGCUCAUGGACAUAACACACGUAAAUAAUAAAAACGUGGAUGCACUAAAAUUUGUAAAUGCUGUUUUAAAAUUCACAAAAUACCGAAGGUGAAAAAAUUAGUAGAAAGAAAAUAGUUUGGCAAGGUUAAUUUUUUCCUCUUUUGUUUUUGAGUAUGCGUAUUUAUUAUAUAUUUUUUCUAAUGAAUUUCUUUUUUAUUUAUGCCGUUCAAAAUAUUACGAUUUGAGCAAAGUAGUGUCUGGCAAAUGUCGCACACUAACCAAUUUUUAACAUUUUAAAUAAAGCGAUUGUGAUAUUUUUUAAAUUGGGUGGCGACAUCUAGAAAUAGUUUAGGCAACGACUACCGAUGGCUUGUAAAAUUCGACUUACAUACAUUAAAGCAGUUGUUAUGGCCCCACGGACCUACCGAAUUAUCUCUAUGCGGGCUGAAUCUUGUGACAAAUGCUGGAUAGCCUCAAAUUUCAAAAUUCCAUAAUUUAAAAGUGUUACAAUUCACAUUUAUUAGAAUUACAUAAGGGGUUUCUUAAAUUUUAUUUUCAUGACCAAAUUUUUGAAACUUAUCUUAAGAUGGAGAAAUUCCUCACUGCAAAUUAUAAUGACCCAUAGAAGGAAUGUUUGGUUUAUGGCAAUAUUAUUUAUGACGUAUCAAAUGUGCAGCAUCAUUUAUAUAUUACAGCACUAAACAUUCAUUAGUAUUUUAUUGUAAUUUAAUAACAUAGUAAAAUGGCAGACAAAACUUAGUGACAAAGUAGAUUUCCAACAAUAGCCUACACUUAUAUUACUAUAUCAAAAUUUUGAAACUUGGCCACUAUAUUUAAGUGUUAAAAUAGAGACAGAUUUAAUGUGGAUUUUAAUAUUCACUGGGUACAUAGUGACACUGAUCAUAAUUUAAAUUGUUACCACAUUGUAUUGUGGCUAAACAUACGUCUUUGAGUAUAGCUUGUAAUAUACCAAUUUUCUGGAAAUUUUGACGCAUUUGAUGUACCUUUAAUUAUCACAAAAUUUUGUCUGUGAUUUUCAUAUCAUCGCAACUACUUCCAAUAAUAAGGAAUUACCUGCUAUGUAUUAUUGCUCCAUUUUAUUUUUGAAAUCUAGAUAAACCGCCAUUUUGUUAUAACGGAUACAAUUAAAUAACAACUAAAAUUGACUUCAUGUUUUUGUAGAUGAAUCAUUGUAAUUAAUAAUUAUACAUAGAAAAAGCUUAUGUUUCAUUUAAUUUGAAUCGUGUUGUAUAAAUUUAGUGCGGCAUUUUUAAUACUCCUAUAUUUUAACAGUAGUAACUCGUAUUUAUUCCUUUAAUGUCGUACUCUUCACAAAUGUCGCGAUAAUUCUAAAGUGUAAAUUAUAUUUAGUAAUAGUAAAAAGCAAACAGUACGAAGUACAUUUAAAGGUUGUGAAUAUUCUAUCAAAUUCAGUUUAUUGAAGGUUCAAAAUUUUACGAUAUUGUAAUACUAUUAUUACUAUUAUUAUUAUUUAUGUAAGAUUUUUAUGUUCAUUUGUUGUAGUUAUAGAC